AUGCCGGAGGCCAACAGCUGCGCCCUACCUCACCUUCAAUAUUUCGCAGAUUGCUUUGAUAGGACGCACUUUGCGCUAAAGACCACUUUGUUGGUACGAAAUGUCACAAAAAUUCAAUCGGUAAUGGCGCGAUUUUAGCUCUCGAAUUCCACCUUCUUGUAGAUAGAGCGAAACGUUGUGGAUAAGAAGAUGGAUGGACCAUUGGAUCCCGUCCUUCUGAAGAAGUUCGAGCAAUUCGUGGAGCUCCGAAAUGCCACGGAAGGAAAUAUUUCCAAAACGGACUUGAUUCGGGCAACAAUCGACCAAGACAUCGAAAUAGUUAGCCAAGGUGAGGUUGUUGCUUACGUUUCGCAAAGUACUCUUCUUCCUUUCCAGACGAUAUUGACGAGCUAAAGUAUAGUAUCAAUCAGGUGCAGCGGUCGUUGGACGCUGCUUUUACGCGAUCAGAUCAAUUCAGCACGGUGAUGACGACAUUCUUGGGCCAGCUCCGACAAACUGCUACUAUUUGUUUAAAGUUUGGGCCUGGCUUUGAUGGAAUCUCCACAUUGGCAAGUAUAUCCGAGCAGGUGUAUGAUCUGGAACGGGUAUUCGCGGAUUAUCUGCAGAAAAUGGAGAGGUUCAGGAAAGGCUAUUCCGAUGUCAUGACUGCUUUGCCUGCCGAAGAGACAAAGACUGCGUAAGUUGUUUUAUUUUGGUUUUUUUUGUUUAGAAUCCUGUCCGUUGAGAGUAUGUGUAAUAGGACGAUGUUUUAGUCACGAAACAACCACAAUGCCGCCUGACCUACAGCAGAAAGCAAACAAGAUUACCGAGAAAAUUAACAAGAAGAUUUUGGAGCUUUCUAAACGGAUUCUCUACUUCCAGAAAGCACUGAACGCUGUAGAAAAGGGACAGCGCCUUCCGGCGGAAGAAGAGACAGAUCACGAUGAUACUGCCCUCCGAAUGCAACAUUUGAGUUUAGAGGUUCCGGGCCAGAAGACCAGUCCAAGACGACGCAGUGUUGUACCGGAGGAGUCAGUUGAUAUUGUCAAAGCAUUGGCUGAGGUCUCAUUGAAAUCGACGAAGAACAUGAGAAAAGUUGGAGCGAUCACCCUGAAACCGCAAGUCCAACAAAAGACGAGGACGGACGCGUUGAAGGUGGAAAGUCGAGACGAAAUACUUGCGAGAAUACUAACCCCAAAGAAAGUGGCUGAAUUAAAACCGCAACCGCUGAGGCUCUCCCAGCAAUCACCGUCUGUCCUCCAACUUGUCAUUCAAGCUCCGGGUAGGUGAAGUUUGUUUUUAUUGACUUUUGCAAUGUUUAGAGCCAGCUCCUGCUCCACCACUUCAUAUACCUCUAUCUCAGCCUACUACGAUAUCACAGGCCCCUACUUUGUCUCAGCAGAGGUACUGUAAUUACACAAUAUUUUCGGCGUUUGGACUAUGUUAUUUAUAAUGUAAAAUUUGGUUUUAGUUUGUUCUCAACUCCAAAGGCAUUACCCAAAGAAUUGCACAAAGAUGAACCAAGGGAGAAAAAGACACAUGACUCGAAACCCGACAACCCAGAGCUUCUGGCGAAGCCAACUACAACGCUGUUUACUCCUGUAAAGAAAGAGGAGAAGCCCCAAGAACCGGUGAAGUCAGAAGCACCCACUGUGACAUCCGAAUCAUCCGUCUUUUCCAAGUAGGACAUUUUUGAUUUUGCUUUUUGAACCUUUAGGCCUUCAACGGAGACAACUGCGACGACCACAGUGACGACGACGUCCGCUCUCCCGGCGUCUGUAACCACCACUAGCACGGGGAGUUUCAGUUUUGCACCGGCAACAACUGCUGUUGCGACUAGUGUAACUUCAAGUGAGGCAGCGGCGGGAAAGCCGUUAGAAGCUGCGGUCAGCACUGCUGCGCCAUCUUUUUCUUUCACGAGGUGAGAUUUGAAGCAAACAAUGAUGAUCUGUGAAGAAAGUUUUAAUUUUUUUUGCAUUUAUUUCAGCACGUUGUCAUCCCAACCACAGACUACAUCUUCCUUUUCCUUUAAUCCAGCACCAACCCCGGCCGCCACUACCUCGUCAUUCGCUUUCAAUCCAUCAGCUCCAUCCACUACAACAUCAUCAUUUACAUUCAAACCGGCGGAACCCCAGAAGAGUGCGUUUGGCGGUGGGACAACUGCAACCGCUCCAGGAUCUUUCUCGUUCAAACCGGCCCAGCCAGCGGGAAAUGACGACGGAAUGGAGGAUGACACUUCAGGCACAGCGCCAGCAACAUCAACUGCCAACAACUUUAAUUUCGCAUCGUAAGUCGGAAGUUUGAGUUGAAUUAGGGUUACGGUAGGCCGAGAGAAGGAAGAAGAAAAGGUGAAAGAACAUGAAUUGAAUGUAGAAUAUUGUAUAGGACCAAAUAUUUGGUUGAUGCAUAAUUAUCCGGCGUUUAUAUUGGCGCGUUGGAACUCUCCGACCACAACAAAGCCGAUCUCGAAAUUUGUUGAAAAACGCCGGAUAAUUAUGCAUCAACCUAAUAUGAUUGUGGGUUGAAUAUAACGAGACCUUGUGUAUUUUUCAGAACCGGACUAGGCCAAUCCGGUCCGCAGAAUCGCACUGGCGGCGGCUUUCAGUCCCUCAACUUUAGUACCCUUGGCCAGAACAAACCCGCAUUCGCCAGUUUCACCCCAACCCAACAACCGGCGGCGUCAACGACCGGUGGAUUUGCAUCUUUUGGGUCAACCCAACCUGCUCCAACUGGAUCUGGAUUCGGGGCAGCGCCGUCGUUUGGAUCAGGUCCCGCUUUUGGAUCGGGCAGUGUGUUCGGAGGUGGAACCCAGACCAGCUCGGUAUUCGGAGGGAAGCCGGUGUUUGGAGGAGGAACGCAGGCUCAGUCUACACCUACUAAUACUGGAUUUGCAGCGUAAGUUGGGGAAUACAGGGUCUUUCAAGAAACGUGAAGGAAAGUAGGAGGCUGUAACUUUCGGCGGAGGCGGCGCAGAGAGUUCGUUUUUGGAAUAUGUAUUUUUAAGCGACAUUAUUUUUUGUCUACGAAAUAACAACAUUUUUAAAUGCAAACUGAGGACGCUACAACCUUUUGAAAAAGGGCUCUUUUACCCCGAAAAACAGGGCUUUUGGUUCAAAAUGAUCGAGAGAUUUCAGUUUUUCGGUCGAAAAUCGUCGAGAAAUGUCGUAAUUUUAUGGAAUUUUUUGUCAGUGUCUCUUUGAUGGAAUAGAGACUGAGGAUGUGAUUAGGGGUUGUUUCGUAUAUGGAGAAAAUAAUAUUAUUACUGAAUUUGUCAUUUUAGAUUUGCCGGAAAAGGCAGUUCCUUCGGACAACUGGCUCAAUCCCCACCCCAAUCCAACUCGCUGUUUGGAGGACAACAAUCAACCGGUUUCAGCUCGUUUGGCUCAACUAACUCGACCACUCCUAACAACCCAGCUUUCACUGCAUUCCGAAAGUAG